AUGCUCAACGAGCAAUCCCACGAGUCAUUCAAGAUCCGCGAUUCAUGCAAAACUCGGGGAUUCAAGUCAAAAGUGAACUCUUCGGGGAAAGAGUGGAGGUCAAUCAAGCCACCCAAAAUCUUUUUAGCAGGGCAAUUCCAGCGCUGGCAGUUGAACCUUCUUUUCCAACCAAGAACUUGUCACGCCAUGGUCAACUUGCGCAACCAGAAACGCCUCGCAGCCUCUGUCCUCAACUGUGGCAAGCGUAAAAUUUGGCUCGACCCUAACGAGGUCAAUGAAAUCUCCAACGCCAACUCCCGUGCCAACAUCCGCAAGCUUGUCAAGGAUGGUUUGAUCAUCCGUAAGCCUGAGAUCAGCCAAUCUCGUUUCCGUGUCCGUGAGCGUGCUGCUGCUAAGCGCCUUGGUCGUCACAUGGGUCUUGGUAAGAGAAAGGGUACUGCCAAUGCUCGUAUGUCCCAACAAGUCCUCUGGAUGCGCCGUAUGCGUGUUCUUCGUCGUCUUUUGCGCAAGUACCGUGAAUCUGGCAAGAUCGACAAGCACUUGUACCACUCUCUUUACCUCAAGGCCAAGGGUAACGGCUUCAAGAACAAGCGUGUCUUGAUGGAACACAUUCACAAGGCUAAGGCCGAGAAGCUUAGAGCUAAGACUCUUGCUGAACAAGCUGAGGUUCUCCGUGCUAAGAACAAGGCUCUUCGUGAACGUCGCAAGCAACGUGCCGAGGCUAAGACUGCCGCUGGUGAACAGUAA